AUGCGCCGUCUAGGUGUUGACCCACCAUGUGGCGUCCUGGACCCAAAGGAGAAUGUUCUCAUGGCGGUCUCGUGUGACACAUUCGAUGCAUCGAAGGAAGACAUCAACAACGAUCGUAUUACCAUCGAAUGGACAAACACACCGGAUGGCGCUGCGAAACAGUUCCGCCGCGAAUGGUUCCAGGGCGAUGGUAUGGUUCGUCGCAAGAACCUUCCAAUCGAAUAUAACUUAUAA